CCUCUAGCACCUUCAGGCCCAGCGGGCGCCGCGUCUGGUUCCCGCCCUCAGCGCCGCCGCAGUAAGCCAACUGCUCAUGGGAGGGGCGUGCUUCCCCGCUGGCCUGGCGCAGUUUCCCAGCCGGGUACCCGCCCUGCAUCCCUCACGGAUCCCUUCUAUCCCCACCAUGGGGAAUGUGCCGUCCGCGGUGAAGCACUGCCUCAGCUACCAGCAGCUUCUCCGGGAGCAUCUUUGGACCGGGGAUUCAGUUACUGGGGCACUGGACCCCGCGCAGGAAACAUACCAGUUAUUGGGACUUCCUGAAUAUGUUAAAAUUGUAGAAGUUGGACCUAGGGAUGGAUUACAGAAUGAAAAGGUUAUAGUUCCUACAGAUAUAAAAAUUGAAUUUAUCAACCAACUUUCCCAAACUGGAUUGUCAGUGAUAGAAGUGACCAGUUUUGUGUCCUCCAGAUGGGUACCACAGAUGGCAGAUCACACUGAAGUACUGAGAGGAAUUUAUCGAUAUCCAGGAGUUCGAUAUCCUGUCCUUACUCCAAAUCUCCAGGGUUUUCAUCGUGCUGUUGCAGCUGGAGCAACGGAGAUAUCAGUUUUUGGUGCUGCAUCUGAAUCUUUUACUAAGAAGAAUAUUAAUUGUUCUAUUGAAGAAAGUAUGGAAAAAUUUGAAGAGGUUGUUAAGUCUUCACGGCAAAUGAAUAUUCCAGCACGAGGGUAUGUAUCUUGUGCCCUGGGCUGUCCAUAUGAAGGAAAUAUCACACCUCAAAAAGUGACAGAAGUAUCUAAAAGAUUGUAUGGUAUGGGUUGUUAUGAGAUCUCCCUGGGAGAUACAACUGGAGUGGGAACCCCAGGAAGCAUGAAGAGAAUGCUGGAAAAUGUCAUGAAAGAAAUUCCACCAAGCGCUCUUGCCGUUCACUGUCAUGAUACGUAUGGACAAGCCUUAGCAAAUAUACUAAUGGCCCUUCAGAUGGGGAUUAACGUGGUGGACUCUGCUGUCUCUGGAUUAGGUGGUUGCCCUUAUGCAAAAGGUGCUUCUGGAAAUGUAGCCACAGAAGAUUUGCUAUAUAUGCUUAAUGGCCUGGGGCUCAACACAGGUGUGGAUCUUUAUAAAGUGAUGGAAGCUGGUGACUUUAUUUGCAAAGCUGUGAAUAAAACAACAAACUCUAAAGUAGCACAAACCUCCUUCAGUGCUUGACCUGAAUAAAUUUGUGACUUAAAGCUGAGUAGAUUCAUUUCAGUUAUGGAGAGUGGUCUGAAAAUCGUUACUCUUAAUUUAUUUGAAAUUUGAAAUAAUAUAAAAGAGUGGCAAAAUGAAGAUACUUUUGAAAAGUAUUACAAAGUCAACAAAAAAGCCAUGCUGGUUAUCAGCUAGAAUUUUGCAAGUAAAGGAUUAAUAAUAAAACCUAUAGACAUGCUCUUGAA